CUCGUAGUUUUAAAGCACAAACAAAUAAAUUACUGACUACUGAGGCCAUGGUUAACUUCACGUUUGACAGUUGCUUGUCAGCUAGAUUUCUACGUUUAGCAUUUUGCUUAAAUAAUUUUAACUAAUUUAAAAGAAAACAAAGAUGUCGGAGCGUAAAGUUUUAAAUAAAUACUACCCCCCGGACUUCGAUCCGUCAAAAAUUCCACGCAUGAAACUGCCUAAAAAUCGUCAAUAUACUGUACGAUUGAUGGCACCCUUCAACAUGAGAUGUAAAACUUGUGGGGAAUACAUUUACAAAGGCAAAAAAUUCAAUGCGCGAAAAGAGGAUGUUGAGAACGAUGAUUAUCUAGGAAUUCGAAUAUAUCGAUUUUAUAUCAAAUGCACGAGAUGUCUACAAGAGAUUUCAUUCAAAACGGAUCCCAAAAACACCGAUUACGAGAUAGAAGCUGGUGCAACUCGUAAUUUCAUGGCAUUGAAAUUAGCCGAGGAACAAGCUAUAAGAGAAGAAGAAGAAGCUAAGGAGGAAGAAGCAAGUAAUCCAAUGAAGUUGCUUGAAAAUCGCACCAAACAGUCUAAAAACGAAAUAGAACUUUUGGAGUCUCUUGAAGAAUUGAAAGAUUUAAAUAGAAGACAAGAAACUGUCGAUUAUGACUCCAUGUUACUGGCUUAUGAUUCGACCAUUUCUCAACGUGAACGAGAAGAAAAACUGCAACAGUUGGAUGAUGAAUACGUCAAGACAAUUAAAUUUCAGAAUUCUCAAAAAAGGAAAGUGGUGGUGGAAGAGGAAAUAAUUGAAGAGGAUGAACCAGAAGUAAAAGUAUCAAAAUCUGAGACACCAAAAACUGAAAUCACAUUUAAUGAGCCAAGAAUCCAGAAAAAAGCCGUUAGUGCAAGAAAGAUGUUAUCAGGACUCGUGAAACUUAAAAAGGACGAACCAAAAAAAGAGGAAAAGCCUCAAAGUAGCGGCUUGUCACUUUUAGGUGCAUACAGCGAUAGUGAAAAUAGUGAAUAAGUUGUAAAAAAUAAAGGAUUUUUUUUAUA